CRUGAAAGAUGAGAAUUGGGUCUCUUCUGUAAUCCGAAUCCUUUUUGCAUGUCUCGACGUGUUGUUCCAUUCACUUACUACGGCACGGGACAUGAACGAAACAAUGAAAAUGGCGAAACAAGUCACAAUCUAUCGAAGAAAGAGGAAGGMAACCGCUGAUAUGAGGACUAGCAACAGAAUCUCCUUCGCUGCUGCCGUCGCGGUGGGGUUGUUUUCCGUAGCCUCGACCGCAUUUCAGCCACCAACAAAGMUUGCAUCUGACUCGAAUCCGUUUUUGUCGUGCRCGGACACCGUUGAGACCCGCCUUUUCGAGUCUCUGGAAGAUGCAGUAGUAGAAUUACCCACGACGAAGACUGAAAAUACAGAGAUUGCWAAUAUUAAAUCGAAUYUAYUCCAGCUAGCCGAACGCACGAAACGAGGCUUCAAUGCGUCGGCCGACGACAAACGGAAGGCAAAAGAACUUGUUGAGUCUCUCCAACGCCUCGGAUCCGUUCCCGAUCCAGCGAGUAGCUACUACGAUCCUUCGGCAACAUCAUCGGUGACGGCCGGUGCGAYAGAGAGCAAAGGCCCUAGCAGCACCAUUUCCGGAAAAUGGACACUGAUUUAUACAGACGCUCCCGACAUAACCGGAUUGGACACAAGCCGGAACCCGUUCAGCACCGCCAAGCUCGGACGGAUCGGUCAGGAAUGCAAUCCUCCCUACAUCAAGAACGUUAUCGAGUGGUUGCGACCAGACUGGGCAAAGCCGCUGCCCUUUUCUGGUUCGGAUGACUCUCGGAUCUUGCAAAAGGUSGUUACCACAGGGUCUGCGACACCGGCCAAGCCAACCUUUGUAGAACUGAAAGUGGCGGGGCUCGAACUCGAAGCCGGUGCCAACGAAGUUACCACCAAUGACAAUAAUGACAACAGCGGGAACGACAAAAAUAAUUUGGUASAGAACAUACAGAGCAGCGGGCUACCGGCUGGGAUUCUUUCGGCGAAUCCGAUCGAUCUCAAAGGUCCAUUGAAUCCUCCAUUCGGAAGAUUCGAAAUUUUAUACUUGGACGACGAGCUGCGGGCGAUACGAACAAGCCAAAACUUUCUAGCCGURAAUCGUCGAAUCGCCAGUAAAGAAGACGAGUGGUUCUAACGAGAAGCUCCAGGUGCUCRAUUAAACCUAUUACAUGCAA